AGAGGAAGGGAAGGAAAGAAAGCUUCCUCCUUUUUUCUGCUGCGUUCGCUUCCUGGUUCCACGGUUGGUUGGACUCCUCGCGUCAUCUCAUCUCGCCGUCGCCGUUCCCCUGCCUGCCUGCCGCGUUUCGCCCCACGACUUCCGCCCCCUCCACCCUCCUCCUCCCCUUCCUCCGCAUAUAUACGCGCGCCGUGGGCAGGCGGUGCCUCCUGCGCCGCUCCGCUGCUCCUUCCUCCUCGCGCCGCCGCGCAAUCGAAGCUGCUUUUGAUUUGGUUGGUGUGUUCGGUGUUCUUGGUGUUGGUUGGUGGCCGAUUCGAACAAGCGGGAUUAAUUCGGCACGGGAUUCCGCGGCGCCGGCGAUCUUGUCUUCCCCGGCUCAGCGGCCAGGGGAGCUGAGCUGAGCUGCGGCGGCGGAGGUGGAAUUGGCUGGAUUUGGAGCUGGAGUUUUGGGAUAUCAGAUGGGGACUUGGCUUACUCCGGCCGUUUGGAUAUUUUUAGCAUCGUACUGCUACUAUUAAUAAACAAAAGGUUUACUAGUUUCUAUGUUGGGAAUUUGAGUCUUCUUCUUCUUCUUCUUCUCCUGCUGCUGCUGCUACCUUCUGCUUCUGAUUUCAUUUUGACGCGACUCCAGCAAUAUGAACAAUGAGUAGCAAAAUCUGCUUGCAACUGUCCAUCUCUUGUGCUUGCAUUCUUGUACUCGAUCAUGGCGAAGCUCUCAGCUGUUGGUCGCAGCAUACUUAGGUUUACAAAUGAAAGCAUGAGGAUUGUUAUGGUAACGGUUAUUGGAGUGGUCUUGGGAUUCUUUAUUGGGAUUUCAUUCCCGUCCGUGAGCAUAACAAAGUUACACUUCCCAUCCAGCUUUGUUUCAUACACAGAAGAAAGUCACCCUGAGAUCACAACCCAGGAUUUACUUGAUCAUGCCUGGACUUCUGCCAGAAAUGAAACGGAUAACAGUUCCGAAUCAAACUCAAACGAUACUUUGAAGAUUUAUGUCCCAACAAACCCCAAGGGUGCAGAGAGGCUAGCACCAGGCAUUGUUGUGCCAGAUAGUGACUUACAUUUGCACAGGUUGUGGGGAAACCCAAGUGAGGACCUUCCAUUCAAACCAAAGUACCUUGUGACUUUCACUGUUGGAUAUGCGCAGAAAGAAAAUAUAAACAGAGCAGUGCAGAAGUUUUCUGACAAUUUUGCUAUCCUGUUAUUCCACUACGAUGGCCGCGUGAGUGAAUGGAAUGAAUUUGAGUGGUCAAAGCGAGCCAUCCAUAUUAGUGUCAGCAAACAAACUAAGUGGUGGUAUGCCAAAAGAUUCUUGCAUCCUGAUAUUGUGGCAGCUUACGAGUACAUCUUCAUCUGGGAUGAGGACCUUGGCGUGGAUAAUUUUGAUGCAGAGGAGUACAUCAAACUUGUUAAGAAAUAUGGUCUGGAUAUCUCCCAACCUGGUUUAGAGCCUGACCGUGGAUUAACAUGGCAGAUGACAAAACGAAGAGGUGACCGUGAGGUCCACAAGAACACAGAGGAGAGGCCAGGCUGGUGCGCUGAUCCUCAUCUUCCACCCUGUGCUGCUUUUGUCGAAAUAAUGGCUCCAGUCUUCUCUCGAGACGCAUGGCGAUGCGUAUGGCACAUGAUUCAGAAUGACUUGGUUCACGGAUGGGGCCUCGACUUCGCCCUCAGGAAAUGCGUCGAGCCUGCUCAUGAAAAGAUCGGGGUCGUCGACUCGCAGUGGAUCGUUCACCAGGUGGUUCCUUCUCUCGGAAACCAGGGCAAGGCAGAGCACGGGAGGCCGGCAUGGGAAGGGGUGAGGGUGCGGUGCCGGAAGGAGUGGGGCAUGUUCCAGACAAGGAUGGCGGAGGCCGAGAAGGCCUACUACGAGAUGAUGGGCAUAACCCUUCCAAACUCCACCCUUGUCUAGCCCCCCCCCCCCCCCCCCCCCCUUCUUCCUCCUCACUCACUCUUAUGACUCACUGUCUUUCACUCCUCCAAACUCCUGACUCCUCGACCUUAUUACGAUCAGAUCAUUGUGUAAGUAGAUGGCUAGUUGCAUAUAUAUAGAGCAUAUAUGAUGACGCUGUCAAUGUCUGUCGUUAUGUCGAAUGAUCUACCACUGAAAUUGUUUUGUUGAGACGAUGUAAAUCAUACGGAAUUUCUGCAAGAUAUGUUCGUUCCAAUGGUUGCUUCGA